UUUUUUUUUCUCUGGAAUAUACAGACAAUUGGAGUUAUCUUAUUGAUUCAUCUUACAACAGCGACUCACCCAUUCUCCUCUCCUCUGUCCGUCUCUUUUGUUGUGGUUGCUGCCAAUGGUUUGGCCCACAAAGCCAGUCAUUGCUGUCACGCUGCCAUAGCAACCAGGAAAUACUCACCACCGUCAGUGGAGUGGAGUGUCUCUGCGUGUGUAUGUGUGUUUGAGGGUGAUAGAGAGAGAGCAGAACGUGCUGAGUGGGAGUCCAGACAGACCACAACAACAGAAGGAGUCAUUUUCACCUACACAUUUUUCUUCACUUGGUCUUCCAGCAGACUUUAACAGCUGGCUCAGACAUGGCUGCCAGCACAGUAGCUACAAUCGUCCUGCCUCCGGUGAAGAGUGUGGUGGUGUACAGGAACGGAGACCCCUUCUAUAAUGGGCGCAGGUUUGUGGUGAACCAACGACAGGUGGCCACUAUGGAGGCCUUUCUGAACGAAGUGACCCAGAGCAUCGGUGCCCCGCUUGCCAUCAGGACUCUGUACACCCCCAGACAGGGUCACAGGGUCACUGACCUGCAGGACCUGCAGACUGGAGCCCAAUAUGUUGCUGCUGGUUUCGAGAGAUUCAAGAAACUGGAUUACCUCAACACAGGAGUGAAAAAGCAGUCUGGGCCUCGUGAAGAUAUCCAGGGCAAAAAUAUACAGAGGCCAAAUGUCUCAGCCAAAUGGAGGAAGUUCAUACCUGUGCCUUGCAUCUUACAUGUUUUCCGUAAUGGAGAUCUCCUGUGUCCACCCUUCCGAUUCAUCAUUCCUCGGAAUAUGCGUCAGGAUUUGGAGCAGAUCCUGAGUCUGAUCACAGAGAAGGUCAGCUUACGAACCGGAGCUGUACGCAGGUUGUGCACUCUUGAAGGACUGACUGUGGCCUCAGCUGUAGAGCUGGAGACUGGCCACUGCUAUGUUGCCGUGGGAACUGAAAGGUUCAAGAAACUUCCACAUGUGGAGCUGUUGGUUUCAAAAGCUACAGAGAGAUAUUACCCAGGAAAAAGAAGGCUGUUAAGGAGAAAUGAGAACAGGAAAGCAGGAAGCGGUCCAGAAGACCAGUACUCAGACUCAGCUCUUCUUGACUCCCCUGAGUCAGAUGGUCGGAGGGUGAAGUCGACUGGAGAUGAAGCAGCAGCUCCAGCCGGCACACAGCAGCAGAGGAGCAGGAGAGAGGCAGCAGAUGAGAUGUCUGAUUUCUUUGCCAGGCCUGUGAAGAUCCGCCAUAAUAUAGGACCGCCAAGACCACCACCCAGCAAUGGAUCUGUUCGGCCCAGUUUGUACAAAAGAGCAGCAAGGAAGAAAAGAGAGGAGGUGCGAGGGGCAGAGGAGGUGCAUGACGAUGAGAACACAGCAAUAGAGCUUCCUGUUGACCAGAGAGUUGCAGAAAUAGUGGAGGAUGAGGAGUUUAAUGACCAAGAAGAUCCAUUGCAAAACAUAACGCAGAGACACACACAAAUCACAAAAAGUGAGCAGAACAAUGAGGGUGAACACAAGCAUAAUGGAAAGCAGGCGCUGUCAUCUGAGCACGAUGGUGUGAAAAAGGCAGAAAAUUCCACCAGGACUGAGGAGUCUGCUGCGGAAAUACUGGAACCUGAGCUGAGGCAGAUUUCUUCACACCCGAGGCCUUCAUCGUCUACCUCUCAGGGAAACAUCAGGGAAGAAAAGGAGAGUCCAAAGGAUGACCCAUCAGUUACUGCGUAACAGAACCAUCAUGAGGAGGACUGGUGAGCACAAAAGAUUCACAGAGGAGGAAGAAACCAGAAGAUUACCAUGAUACUUCUGUGCUGAUCCAUGUGGUGAAAUGAAUGUUUAUUAAUAUUGGUCAUACUUUAACUGUGGUGAUUGAGCCAAGAGCAUCAGAAGAAUGUAUGUUGUUGUCUUUUUUGGACAAUGUUAGGGGUCAAAAAAUUGAACAAAAUAUCAAUGAACACUGCAGGAAAUAGACUUUUUUGUUAUAAAUCCAGUCUGUUUAACAGGGAUAAUUCUGAAACUAAUAUUAUGCAGAUCCAUGUAUACUGUAAAAUAUGUACAUAAGGAACUGUAUAUUUUUGGGAUGUUUGACGCCAAAUGUAGUUUGGUUUACAGAAAUCAAAACUUAGAUUAGGAUGGAAGGAUUUUUAUUUUGCCAACAAGCAACAAAAAACUCUGUACAGAAUUUUUGAGUGGUAAUAAAAAUAUAUUACUAUGUA